UCUGAAAAAAAAUUGAAACUUUACCUUUCCUCUAUAUAAACAAUUAGCCUCCAAACCUUUACUCUAUAUAAACAACCUCCAACGGAAACACAGAAAGCCACCAAUCUAUCUUAAAACUAAGUUAUCAUGUGCACUACCAUUUCCAUUUCCAUUUCCACCAUAAAACCAACUGAGAUCUUUCAAGAAAUUCUUGGAAGUUCUUACUCAAGAAAAUUACUAUUUCAUACCCAUGAUCAAUCACCAACUCCAGCACCAUCCCCAUAUGUAGGCGAUAACAACUUUGAUGCAAAUGUUGUUAUGGUCCUAUCAGUCCUCUUAUGUGCACUUGUUUGCUCACUUGGACUCAAUUCUAUAAUAAGAUGUGCCUUGAGGUGCUCCAAUUUAGUACCAUCUGAAGCUGGUGGUGACAACUAUCCUGUUCGCUUGACCAACACAGGAGUCAAACGAAAAGCCUUGAAGAGUUUCCAGACAGUAAGUUACUCUACUGAACUAAAUCUGCCUGGCUUAGAUACCGAGUGUGCUAUCUGUCUCUCGGAAUUUGUAGCCGAGGAACGUGUGAAGCUGUUGCCGACAUGCCACCAUGGAUUCCAUGUCCGUUGUAUAGACAAGUGGCUUAGUUCACACUCGUCCUGUCCCACCUGCAGGCACUGCCUCAUCCAGACAUGCGAGAAGAUUGCCGACUGCAGCCAAACAAGCUCGUUAAACUCUACUCAACCACCACAAGACAGCAUCAUUCUCCAAAUAGCACCACUAGAACCGGAAAGAUGGAUACGCUGGUUUAGGUGAACUAGAACUAGUCACCUAGAUAUUUGUAGCAGCUAUGAUUAAACUACUAUGUUUUAGAAUUAUUUGAGAUUACAAGCGGUCUACACUUAAAAACAAGUUUAGCAUUUCAACUGUAAAGUUGUAAAUAUUACGAGAAUGUUACUUUCUUCAUAUCUUGAACUACUAAAUGUUUAUAUUUCACAGUUACAAGCCAAUAAA